AUGUUAAGGGCGCUCUGGAAUCCGGCGGCGCACACGAACAACCUGCAGAUCCUCCUCCUCAACGACGACACGGGCUUCAACUUCAGCUCCGCCGCCUUUGCCGGCUCCGGCCUCGUCGACAACACCACCCUCGCUCUCCUCCGCGACUUCCCCACCAUCUCGGCGGGCGCGCUCAUCACGCAGGAGCUGCUGACCAACCCCGCCACAGCCGACAUCUUGGACUGGAAAGUGCAAAGUCCAGAUCUCGUCGACAGGGAGAAGCUGGAGGAUUGCAUCGAGCACGGGUGCGCGUGGGGCGCUCUCUACAUUCCGCCGGACUUCUCGUCGACCAUGUUCGAAGCCUUCGGGCCGAUCAACAUCACCGAACUCACCCAGCGGCUCUUCUUCCCCGACGGCGCCUACGCCGCCUACUCCAAUCCCAUCUACUUCAUCUACGACGAGGGCCGGAACUACGCCACGUUGAGCAUUGUGGUGAAGAUCAUGGACAAGAUCUUCCGGUCGGUGUCCUCCGGCAUCUCCCAAAAGUUGCUCACCACCUCCCUGGGGCCGAUCCUGCUGUCGACGCGAGCUCAGUUCAUGGUGGUGGCGGCGUACAACCACGUCCUGCGCGCCCUGUGGGCGAUGGUGUUCGCCAUCAAUCAAUCGCUGCUGAUCACCUGCGUCGUGGCCGCGGUGGCCGGCGAUGCCAGCGAAGACGUGUUCCAGCACAACUUCAUGGCCUACUGGAUGUGGCUCUUCUACGUGAGCAUCUGCUUCAUCUUCAUGAACGCCACCCUGGCCGGCAUCCUCGGCAUCACCGCCUUCCAGCUCGCCAGCACCUUCAUGCUCAUCCUCCAGCUCACCUCCGGCGGGGCCAUGCUGAGCGAGUACCUCAUGAAUGAGUUUUACCUGAUCGGACAUGGGCUGCCGUUUUACUAUGCUGUGCGAGGAGCGCGCACGAUCCUCUUCGGCUCGCUGGAGAACAAGAUGGAAGAGAACGGGCUGGUGAUCUUCGGCUGGGCGUUCGGGUGUCUGCUGGCCAGUUUCCUGCUGUCGCUGCUCCGGAUGGAGAAGCGAUGGAUCCGGUGGCAGAAGAACGAGCGCGUGGUGGGCCAAAUCCUGCAGUCCACCGUUGGCUCCAACGCCACCAACUUCGUCGUCCCGCCCGCCUAG